CAUUGUGCAAUGCACGACGAAGCAGUAUGAGUGCCGAGUUUUGCACCAGAAAAAGAAGCGCUAUCGCAAAAAAAUUAUUCUCGCUUUUGCCCAAGAAAGGCCUGCAUCGUCGAUCAUGAAUUCGUUCGACUCGACUUUCCUUCGCCUUUUAAAACAGUACAAAUGGAUGAACGAAAGGGCGCCUCCAAACAAGGCCUACAACCCUACAACUGUCGAGCACAUUGCCAAUGUCAUCACAAAUGGGAUUUGGAUUCCGUUCAGUAUUUGGGGUGGCCAUUCUCUGUUGCAACGAUCCACGACGUGGCCUCAACUUCUAGUCGCUGUUGUCUACAGCUUGUCCAUAAUCUCAAUAUUCACCGUCUCCACCACCUUUCACUGUGCACUUUUGUGCCAAACUCGAGGGCCGGUCAAAGACGUUCUACACAGAUGUGACAGGGCGAUGAUCUACAUUUUUAUCGCCGCCUCGUACUUCCCUUGGCUCACCUUGACCCGCGUCCCUCCGCAUGGACUGGUGGCUGAGCUUUGGUGGCUGAUUUGGGUUUUCGCCUCCGUGGGCAUUCUCUACCAACAGAUUUUCCACGAACGAUUCAAGUGGCUCGAGACGACCUUUUACCUCAUCAUGGGAAUCGCUCCCGGACUCGCUUUCUUAUCAAUUGACGUCCCUGUUUUGUUCGAAAUUCAAAUUGGCGGAUUGUUUUACAUCGCGGGGGUGUUUUUCUUCAAAAUGGACGGACGGAUUCCGUUUGCCCACGCAAUUUGGCAUCUUCUGGGUGCCAUCGCCGCGUGCAUCCAUUUGUUGACUGUCCUCGGCACACUGUAUGACAAAAUUCCAGCGGACGGCGAAGCAUGGCAUAACAAUUACUGGUUUGGAACAAACUCGUUGACAGUAGGAAUAAAGCUACUGGCGUCGAAUUUUUCCAACUUGGGUGAGGCACAAACGCCUGCCCCAUUCACUAGCAGUUCGAUAACUAAUAUCGUACAAUGA